AUGCGAUUUUCUCUAUUGUUUCUAUUUGUUGGUUUAUCAUCAACAUAUGAACAUUGGUUUGUUUUUGAUCAAUAUCAAUUUCCAGGAUUUCAUACACCAUUGUUUACAUUAAUUUAUUCAUCAAAUAAUAGAACAGGUCAACAAGAAGAAAAAAAACUUUCAUUUGCAUUGUCUACCUAUGAACGUUCGAUUUAUAUUGAUACUGAUGUUGGUAAUGCAGUUAAAACAAUAAAACGAGAUGAACAAUUAAUAAAAUUAAAUAUUGAACGAGCUGAUUUAUUGCAUAAUUCAUUAAAUCAUUUAAUUUUUAUUGCUCUACGGCAAGCAACUAAAAUUGAAACAUAUGUUAAUUGUAAGCUCAUUGAUUCCUAUUUACUUUAUCCAUCGUUUCCAAUCAAUGCCAAUGAUGAUGAUAAUAACGAUGAAAACUCAUCGUUUACAGUUGAAAACUUAGCCGCUGGUAUUAAACAUUUUGAUAAUAAAACAGAUGAAAAUUAUCAGCAAAAAAUAUUUGAAAAAUUCGGUUGUAAACAAUCGGGAACAGUGAUAAAUGCGAAUAAUCAAACAGCAUAUAUUGGAAGACCAUUAAUUCGAAAAAUGCAACAUGUUAUUGAAAAAGUUCAAAGACGUAAACUACGAUCUAGACGUCACCAAAAUCAAAAAUCUUCUCUUGAAAUGACAUCCGAUUCGUUCUCUAUUAUCUAUAAACCAAAUAUUGAUCGAUUACAUGAUAGUAAAAGCAAUUUUCGUACUAUUCUAAAUGUUUCUCAGUUCGCAUUUCAUAUUCGAUAUUAUCCAAAGGAACAUCUCGUUCAGAUUCGAUUUAACAAUGAAAAUCGUACUCAAUUUAUUUUAUAUGCCGACAAAUCAACUGAUCUUCUUAGUUCUCGUGAUACAGCAGAAGAAUCAUUAACCAACAAUAAUCUAUCAUCAACUGUUAUACUCUUCAUACAUAUAACGCCAACAAUGAUAACAUGUUACGUUAACUGUGAAUUAACUGAUCAAGAAUUUAUUAUUGAUUCAUUAUAUGUACAAAAUAUAAUUAGACAAACAAUGGACAAAACUAUCAAUCAUCAACAAUAUGAAGAUAAACAAAUUAUGGAAUAUGAUCGUCAAUCGACAUUAAUUUUAUUUAAUAAAUCAAUUGAACAGAUAGCAGCAAACUUUUUUUGCUUAAAAUUAGAUCAGAAAAAUGAAGAUUUACUACCUGAUACAUAUGCUUUACGAAAAUUUGCCAACGCUCUAGAUAUGUUGGUUAAUAGUCUCGAUGCUCCAAUAAAUAUAAAUAAUCAUCAUGAUUCAACAUCAGCUACACCGGCAACAACUACGCAAAGUAUUGCAGCUGUAAAUAUUCAUUCAAUUGAUGGUUUCGGAAGUCUUAUAGCACCUUCGUUAAAUACCGAUAUGAAUGCAAUAUCAAAUGAUAUCAGUGAAUAUGAUAAAUCAUGUCUGACUGAUCAAGAUUGUAAUUCGAAUCAUUCAUUUUUAAAAUGUCAACAGAGACAUUGCACAUGUUUAGCACGUCAUUUUUGGUCGCCAAUCUCACGUCGUUGUAUAUCAUGUAAAGAUUUAUCGAUUGGUAAUCGAUGUUUUCGUUUAUCAAAUCAUAAAUCUACAUGGUAUGAAGCAAAUGAUUAUUGUCAAGAUGAAAAUGCAUCCGAUGAUCAACCAGAAUAUACAAUGAAAUUAGCAUCGAAUCUUAAUCGUACUGAUAUUGACUUACUGCGCCAGAGUCUUGUCAAUGACGAAGAUGGUGAACAGUUAGAUUAUUUUUAUUGGAUUGGCGCAACAAGUCAAUUUGAUACACGAAAAUUACACAAGCAGAAUAAUCGAAAAAAACGACAUGUACCAACAACAAUAUUUCGUUGGUAUGAUAAUGGUGAAACAGCACAGUUAAAUAUUCCCGAUUUAUGGUGUUCACAAAGAGAACAUAUGGAUACAGCUACAAUCAACAAUAAUGAAUUAUGUGUUAGUCUUACAUCAUGUGGUUUAUAUGCAGAUGAUUGUCAACGAAAUUAUAGAUUUUUAUGUGAAGCUGUUUAA